AUGUCGCCGUCAUCGGAUUCGGCGCUGCCUCUACACAAUGAGCGUUCUUCCCGGUCUCCGUCGCCGUAUCCCGAACAACAGGCUGUGAAGGCACAAACACCAUCGUCCGUUACCUCCACGUAUGCGUUUCUGGAACCGCAACAGGUCGCCGACCGUCUCAGCACGUCCUACACUAGCGGUCUAUCACCCGCCGAGGCUGAUAUCCGAUUACAUCAAGAUGGGCCAAAUGAAUUGCCGCACGAAGAGCCCGAGCCUUUGUGGCUGCGGUUUUUGAAACAAUUCAAGGAACCGUUGAUCUUGCUCCUGCUAGCAUCCGCUGGGAUAUCUUUCUUUAUGGGGAAUUUCGACGACGCUAUCAGUAUUACGCUUGCAGUGACUAUUGUGGUGACGGUGGGCUUCGUUCAGGAAUACCGCUCAGAAAAGUCUCUAGAAGCAUUGAACCGCCUAGUUCCUCAUUACGCGCAUCUCAUUCGUGAUGUCGUCCCAAACAGUGCUGUGGAAUAUGCAACCCAGGGGCUAGCUAUCAAUGAGAUAGACCCCCAAAAAUCACGCCCGGACUCGCCAGCCUCGAUAUCGAACGCUGUCAAAUCGUCGAGUACAGUGCCCGCUGCACACUUGGUUCCAGGAGAUUUGGUCCUGUUUACCACAGGCGAUCGCAUCCCUGCCGAUAUUCGAAUUACUUCUGCUGCAGACUUGUCGAUUGACGAAUCUAACCUCACUGGAGAGAAUGAACCCGUUUCCAAGUUCUCGGAAAAGUUGAACGCCGCCAAGGAAGCUACCUCUGCAUCUCCUUUCUAUGGUGCAGAGGGGACUAACAUUCGCCUAAGUGAGCAACAUAACAUUGCUUUUAUGGGGACUUUGGUGCGGUCAGGCUACGGUCAAGGCAUUGUGAUUGCUACUGGGGCCAAUACGGAAUUUGGACGCAUCUCUACGUCUCUGCAAGAGAUUGAAAGCCCUAGGACGCCACUUCAGUUAUCGAUGGAUCGUCUGGGACAAGAGCUUAGCUAUGUUUCGUUCGGUGUGAUUGGUCUGAUUGUUGUUAUUGGAUUGAUUCAAGGGCGGCAAUUGCUUGAAAUGUUCACGAUUGGCGUGUCACUUGCAGUUGCAGCUAUUCCCGAAGGCCUUCCAAUUAUCGUCACCGUCACACUGGCCUUGGGAGUUUUGCGCAUGGCUACAAGGGGUGCGAUUAUGAGAAGGCUUCCCAGCGUGGAAACUUUGGGUUCGGUGAAUGUCAUUUGCAGCGACAAGACGGGAACUUUGACCAUGAGCCAUAUGACAGUCACCAGGAUAUGGCACUAUGACUGUGAUGAGCCGUUUGAAAUCAAAGACAAUGGACCUCCGGCACCUGGGCCUGCGCUGCAAAAGAUACUACGAAUCGGAAAUAUUGCCAACAAUGCUCGUCUUUCCCGGGCUCAUGCCAAUUCACCACCCAGCGCCUCUUCCGCCGCUGUACUUUCAUCAACUCUCGACGGGUCUUCGGAUCAUGUCAAAAGCAGGUGGGUUGGACAGCCCACGGAUGUUGCAGUCCUUGAUCUUCUUGACGCGUUUGGCGAAGACGACAUUCGCGAGCAGCUCAGUGCCCGCGUAGCCGAGACACCAUUUAGUUCUGAGAAGAAAUGGAUGGGUGUCAUGAUUGGCGGAAGUUCCCCUGGGGAAAACAACAUGGCGUACAUCAAGGGGGCUUUAGAAAAGGUCAUUGACAGGUGCGAUACGUACUUGACCAAGGAUGGUCGAGAAGUAAUCCUGGACGAACCACGGCGGAAAAUUGCCCGAGAAGCUGCUGAAAAAAUGGCUUCUGAAGGGCUUCGCGUUAUAGCAUUUGCAAGCGGGUCGGUGCGAGAAGGGACACGGUACAAUCGAAGGCUAGGAAGUCGGAGUGCUACACCAUCUCCUAAUGUCGAUCAAUCGGCAGAUGACGAGCAGUUCAACGGUCUUGUGUUUGCGGGAUUAGUCGGCAUGAACGACCCACCUCGCAAGGGUGUCCGGAAAUCCAUCCAGAGGCUCCUCGCCGGCCGAGUCAGGGUGAUGAUGAUCACGGGAGAUGCAGAAACGACGGCGGUAGCAAUUGCACGCCAACUUGGGAUCAUUGUUAACGAUACCCCAGACGCCCGAGCAGUAAUGCGAGGAGAUCAGAUCGACCACAUGAGCACGGCUGAACUAUCCGAGGCCAUUGCCAGGACGACGAUUUUUGCGCGGACCAGUCCUGAUCACAAACACAAGAUUGUGCGAGCGUUGCAGGCUAGGGGAGACGUGGUGGCCAUGACAGGAGACGGAGUCAACGACGCCCCAGCCCUGAAAAAGGCCGAUAUUGGAAUCGCAAUGGGCCGGCUAGGCACAGACGUGGCCAAGGAGGCAGCGGACAUGAUUCUCACAGACGACAACUUCUCCACGAUCCUGCAGGCCAUCGAGCAAGGCAAGGGCAUUUUCUACAACAUUCAAAAUUUUAUUACAUUCCAGCUCAGCACGAGUGUUGCGGCACUGGGCUUGGUGCUACUGAGCACCAUCAUGGGACUUCACAACCCGCUGAACGCGAUGCAAAUCCUCUGGAUCAACAUCAUCAUGGACGGACCGCCAGCGCAAUCACUCGGCGUCGAGCCCGUCGACCCAGCUGUAAUGAACAGCCCGCCGCGGCCGAAACACGCUCGCGUGCUCACAAAGCCACUAAUCCAGCGCGUCCUCACGCAAGCAGGGCUCAUCAUGCUCGGCACUCUGAUCAUCUACGUGCACGAAAUGGGCGACGCCGACGACGAGCUGAAUCCCGGCCACGUCUCGCGCGUAGUAACCAACCACGACACCACCAUGACUUUUACCUGCUUCGUCUUCUUCGACAUGUUCAACGCCCUGACCUGCCGCAGCGACAGCAAAUCCGUCCUCCGUGGCGAGAUCUCACUUUUGGGCAAUAAAAUGUUCAACUACGCCGUGGCUGGCUCGCUCAUCGGCCAACUCGGUGUUAUUUACCUCCCCUUUUUGCAAUCUGUUUUUCAAACAGAGGCCCUCAAAUUGACCGACCUGCUCAAAUUGGUGGUCUUGGCGAGCGGAGUGUUUUGGGUCGACGAGGCUAGAAAGUAUUAUAAAAUGUUGCAGCGACGAAGAAGUCCCGGGCCGAUGUAUAGUCACAACGUGUGA